CACCCACUACCGGCAUUGCACCGCACGACUGCUAUCGUAUCGGUUACCACGAGCGGAUACCUUUCUGGAUCGUGCCUCGUGUCAGAUCCGCCAGUCGCCUCUUCCCCACCAUUGACCAUCCUGCGGCGGAAUUGGCCUUGCUGGAAUCGCUCUGCCAUUCAGGUUCUUCUUGCCAAUCAACCUUGACCUUGUCUUCGCCGUGAGGAUCCAUCGCGUUGGGAAACAGCCUCUCAAUCCUCCCAUCCGGUCGACCAUCACACCCAAGCUGAACAUCACUCCAUCGUUUCCUGUACCUUCUCCGGCUUCAACUCUACAUCGAAUCACCGCCUCAAUCCCUCCCUCCCACCCCACCCCUGCAUGCAAAAUCCUGUAAUGCUACCCACCAAGACCAUCGCCACCAUCAACUCGACCGGUCGGCAGGCCGCAUCCUUCAUCCGCGCCGCGUCUGCCGUCGGCUGGAACGUCCGCGCCCAAGUCCGCAAAAACGAAGGCCUCGUCGCCGAAGAACUCGGCCUCCUCCCGAACGUCGAGCUCAUCGAAGGAGAUCUCGUCGGACCGGAACGAAAUGCUCUCCUCGCGAAACUCUUCACGGGCGCGAAGAUUGCGUUCAUCAACACGACGCAUUGGGGCGAUGAGGUGGCGAUAGGGAAGGCCUGUGCGGACGCCGCGAAGAAGGCGGGGAUCUCGCAUUAUGUCUAUUCGAGCAUGCCGGAUCAUUCGUCGUUUGGAGAGGAUUGGAGGGCGUUGCCGAUGUGGUCGACGAAAUUUGCGAUUGAGAAUUAUGUACGGCAGAUUGGGAUUCCGGCGACGUUUGUUUAUACUGGCAUUUACAACAACAACUUCACAUCACAGCCCAUACCUUUAUUCCAGAUGGAACUUCAAGACGACGGCAGCUUCAUCUGGCAAGCACCAUUCCACCCCAACGACCCUCUUCCGUGGCUAGACGCCGAGCACGACGUCGGUCCCGCUCUCCUCCAAAUCUUCAAAAUGGGCGCCAACCACUGGAAAGUAACCCUCGCCUUCGAAAAACUAACCCCCCUCCAACUGUGCGCCCGCUUCUCCCGCGGCGUGGGUCGUCCAGUCCGCUACGUCCACGGCCCCAUCACCUUCCCCGUCCCCGUCCCCUCCGGCUACAAAGAACACCUCGACAUCCUGCAAUCCGUACUCGGGGAAGCGCGAGCUCCCUACUUCGGUCCCGCACUGGAGUACCCCCGCGAAGGACGCGGAAUCUGGGAAGGAUGGAGAGGCAUUGAGGAGUAUGCGAGGGAAGUAUUUCCGAUUGAGGAGUAUGCGAAUGGAAUGCGGUGGAUGGAGGAGGAUGGUACGGGUGGGGGCACGGGGUGGACGACGCCGAGUGAGGUUGAAGGGGAGGAUGGUGCGGGAGGGAGGAGCAGGCCGAUCACGCCGGCGAAUGGAUUGGGAGGGUUGCCGGCGCAUAUGGGGGCCUAUACGCCGAAGAGUCAUCCUGAGGGCGGGCAGGGGAAUUUCUUUGUGGGGAGUUGUUAG